AAACAUAGGGGAUCGCGGGCAGGCCUCGUCCGUUCCCAAAGGUCACGCUGUGGGCACUGGUCAGACUCCCUCCGACCGGCUGACCUUUCGCCUCUCCGCCCCAGCAACCUGGGUAUCAUUCUUAGUCGCGGUGGGACAAGGUCACCCAGCCAGCUGACGGAACGAGCCAUCACUUCCAGCUAGUCGUAAAGCGCCGCAAAGCGCAGCGCCGGCGCUUUGCGGCACCGUAGUCGCCCUCCCCCUGGACUUUGAAAUGCUUUACAUGAUCGGUUUGGGCCUGGGAGAUGCCAAGGACAUCACAGUCAAGGGGCUGGAAGUUCUAAGACGCUGCAGUCGAGUGUAUCUGGAAGCCUAUACCUCAGUCCUGACUGUAGGGAAGGAAGUUCUGGAAGAGUUUUAUGGAAGAAAAUUGAUUCUCGCUGAUAGAGAAGAAGUGGAACAGGAAGCAAAUAAUAUUUUAAAGGAUGCUGAUAUCAGUGAUGUCGCAUUCCUUGUAGUUGGUGAUCCAUUUGGAGCUACAACACAUAGUGAUCUUAUUCUGAGAGCAACAAAACUGGGAAUCCCUUACCGAGUUAUUCACAAUGCUUCCAUAAUGAAUGCUGUAGGCUGCUGCGGUUUACAGUUGUAUAGGUUUGGAGAGACAGUGUCUGUUGUUUUUUGGACAGACACUUGGAGACCAGAAAGCUUUUUUGACAAAGUGAAGAAGAACAGACAAAACGGCAUGCACACGUUAUGCUUACUAGACAUCAAAGUAAAGGAGCAGUCUUUGGAAAAUCUAAUCAAGGGAAGAAAGAUCUAUGAACCUCCUCGUUAUAUGAGUGUAAACCAAGCAGCCCAGCAACUUCUGGAGAUUGUUCAGAAUCAGCGAAUACGAGGAGAAGAACCAGCAGUCACCGAGGAGACACUCUGUGUUGGCUUAGCCAGGGUUGGAGCUGAAGACCAGAAAAUUGCAGCAGGCACUUUGCAGCAAAUGUGUACUGUGGACUUGGGAGGACCAUUACAUUCCUUGAUUAUCACAGGAGGCAGCUUGCAUCCACUGGAGAUGGAGAUGCUAAGUCUGUUUUCCAUCCCAGAAAAGAGCUCAGAAUCCCAAAGCAUUGAUGGACUCUGAACAUAGGCAUUUUAUUGUUAGAUGUUAAUUUCAGUUAUAUAUGCACAUACACAUAUUUGUAUAACAAAUCAAACAGGUCUUUCGGUUUACCUAGUAUGUAUAAAACGAGUGACCAAGAAGAAAGAUGCUGACUCAACAGUGCUUGGUUUCCUUUGGCAAUGAGUUUUUUCCCUAUGAUGUCAUCAGUUUUUGCUGCUAUUUUGGCAGUUUUUCAGGAUGUACAUACAUGGAGCAGACCAUGCUGGAAAACUUAGAGAUAGACAUCCAUCGACAGAAUCAUUUAAAAGCAAUUUUUGUUUGUGAAAUCAGUUGAUACAAGGUGGAACUUUCUUCUUUCUUAAAAAGUCAGAUGUCCUGACUGCAAGAUAAGUUGUCCUGACAGCAUUUGGUAUUAAUGCAUAUAAACAGAGGUAGGAAGAAUAAGUCCCCACCCAACAGUCCUACUUACUUAAAGCUCAGCUGAGCACAUGCCACAACAUGACAUCCUUUUGAAUUGCCUUGUCUUGUUUAGCUGAUGUCCUAAUUAUGUGCCUCAUAUUCUGCUAUUUUGGAGGUUAUAUAAUUGUUGAAUUAUAAAUGUUCAGCCAGCCAUGUACAGUUGCUGUUUGGUUUUAAGUAGCAUCUUUCACAUCCAAGCUGACAAAUGGAAAACUUGCUGACUACAAAAUAAAAUCUUUAAAAAUUUACGUUUGAAAA